AGCCGUUGCCAUGGUCACACUGCGUGUUAAAGCCACGCAAACUCUAGGCAACAGAGACGGCCGCGCUGCUUCAGCUCCCGGGCUCAUAAGGGCUCCAGCAACCGGAGACACCAGCCGCGCCAGGAUUCCACGAGCACCUGGCAUGAAUCGAAAGAAGCUGCAGAAACUGACGGAAACCUUAACUAAAAAUUGCAAGCACUUUAAUAAAUUUGAAGUGAGCUGUCUUAUAAAGCUUUUCUAUAAUUUGGUGGGAGAAGCAGCCAAGCGGCCAGGGGUGGCCAUUGGACUAGAUCGCAAUGCAUUUCGGAACAUUCUUCAUGUGACAUUUGGAAUGACAGAUGACAUGAUUAUGGACAGAGUAUUCCGAGGUUUUGAUAAAGACAAUGAUGGCAAUAUAAAUGUUACAGAAUGGGUUAAUGGAUUAUCACUGUUUCUUCGAGGAUCUUUAGAAGAAAAAAUGAAAUGUAAGAGUUCUGCUUAUCCUACCGAUUGCUUUGAAGUGUUUGAUUUGAACGGUGAUGGCUUCAUUUCAAAGGAGGAAAUGUUUCACCUGCUGAAAAACAGCCUUCUCAAACAACCAUCUGAGGAAGACCCUGAUGAAGGAAUUAAAGAUCUGGUUGAAAUAACACUUAAGAAAAUGGACUAUGACCACGAUGGGAAGCUCUCUUCCGCAGACUAUGAGAAGGCUGUGGGAGAAGAGACUCUUCUUCUGGAAGCCUUUGGACCCUGUCUGCCUGAUCCAAAGAGCCAGAUGGAAUUUGAAGCCCAAGUAUUCAAAGACCCAAAUGAUUUCCAUGAUAAUAUGAAUUCCUAAAUGUGUUUUCUUUCAAGUGAGUACGAAAAAGAGUGCAUACCUACUUUACUUUCUCUACUUAGCUGAAUGAUGCUUGGGGGUGGGGAUAAAGUUCACUUACAUAUAUCACUUAAUGCUAUAUAAGGUGCAAGUAACACAACUGGGAGAUGAGAAUUUCCUUACUAGGGAGACAAAAAGUUCCUUACUAGCUGCUGGGUGUGGCAAGGCAGGUUAACAUUUCCAGAGAUAUUUUAUCACAGAUUGUCUGUUGAAGUACAAAACUGUCAUAAGACAUCUAGAUUCACCAAAUUAAUGGGCAAAUUAUAUAAUCACUAAUUAUGAAUACAAAUAUUCUUCCUGUCAGAAAGAGUCUGGGUAUUCACUGAAAAAUCAUGGAAACUGAUGAAUUUUUGUAGCAAUGAACAAUUAAGAUAUUAUCAAAAGAGUAAUAAUACUGGCAUUUAGCAUUGAAAUAUCUUUAUUGCUAGGUAUUGGGUGAGAUACAGAUAAACAAAAGAUACAUGGAGCCUACUUUAUUAGGAUAUAAACUAUUGUGUGAGGAUCUGCCUUAACAACCUUCCCAACUUGUAAGCUUCUGAGGGCAGAGAUUUUAUCCACACACGUGUUCAUACCUUCCCUAGCAGUUGGUCCUCUGCAUAGACAGAGCAUCCAAUGGAUACAGUGGAUUGGACUGACACAAACUCUGGAUGAGCAGUAAAAGAGGAACAUUCUGUUUCUUGGGCUUAAUGGAAAAUGCAGGGACACACCUUUCAGUUAACCUCAGGAAUCAUUUCAGACCCUACUCUCGCCCUGAAGCCAGGUGCCAAAGCCCUCUCUGCUCUGCUCCCAGGGUCUCCACCCCAACUCUGCUUGGAGAACCCACACAACAGCUUGGGUGCACUACAGGGUCACAGUCCCUCUGCUACCUAGAUUCCUCUUGUGCACACCUUUAUCCUGAAGACAAAAACUGCUUCCUUCAACUCUCUAACAGGUGUUGUGGGCAUCAGGUGGAGCAUGAGAAAGACACCCUAGUUAGGUUUGUGGAACUACUUGCUGCGUCUUUAGCAAACAUAUGUAAACAGCUGAGAGAAACUUUAUAUGUCAUCUGUUUGCAAUGUGUACAGACAUUUAGAUAGAAAAUACCUUUUGUGACUAUAUAUGCAUUCAUUUUGAAGUUUAAGCAAAAGAGUAUAUUGUGUGAAAAAAUAGAAUGUUACUUAGAAAUGAAAUAAGGAAUUCUGUGAAAUAAAGAGAAAUAUUUUGCAGUGCAAAUAUUUUCUAUGUAGAUGAGCUUCAACACAAUUAUUAUUCUAUUUGCAGUAGAUAAAAGCAAUGCAACACACAUUUUAAAAUUCUCUCCCAUCUUUACUGAGAGAUAAUUGCCCAAUUAAAAUUGUAUAUAUUUAAGGUGUACAUUUUCAAGUUUUGAGAUAUAUGUGUAUUGAAAUAAUUGCCACUGUGAAGCUAAUUAACAUGUCCUUCAAUUUGCAUGCUUAUUUUCUCUUUUAAGGAGAGAUCUACCCCUUUUUAGCAAAUCUUGAGCAUCUAAUAUAGUAUUGCUAACUAUACAUACAUAGUCUGCCUCCAGAACUAGUUCAUUUCGCAUAACUGGAAAUGUAUACCCUUUGACUACACCUCCCAGUUUUCUACUCCCACCCCUAGCAGCUGGCAACCUCUGUUCUACACUAUGUUACUGUGAGUUUCACUACUGAAGAUUCCACAUGUAAAUAAGACCAUGCUGCAUCUGUUUCAUUGUGUUUUUUUCUGUGUAGAUUUCAUUUUGCUUAUCAUAAGUCCUCCCUGUUCAUCCAUGUUAUUGUAAAUAACAUAAUUUCUAUUUUUAGGCUGAAUACUAUCCCAUUGUGCAUGUGUAUUUAUGUAUCUAUAUACAUCUAUGUAUGUAUGUCAUAUUUUUAUCCACUUAUCUAUUGACAGUCAUUUAGCUGUUUCUAAGUUAUGUCUACUAUGAAUAAUACUGAAAUGAACAUGAAGGUACAGAGGUCUCUUUGUGAUACUGAUUUCAUUUCCUUCAGAUAUAUACCUAGAAAUGGGAUUGUGCGCUCAUAUAGUAGUUCUAUUUUUCAAUUUUUGGAGGAAGUUCUGUACUAUUUUUUUAAUAGCUGCACCAAUUUGCAUUCCCUCAACAAUGUUUAAGGGUUCCCUCUUCUCCGCAUCCUCACCAACAUUUAUUAUCCUUUAUCUUUUUAGAAAUAGACAUUCUGACUGGGUGAGGCGAUGUCUCAGUAUGGUUUUGAUUUGCAUGUGUCUUCUAAUUAGUGAUAUUUAAACCAUUUUUAUACACUUUUUAGCCAUUUGUGUAUCUUUGGAAAAUGUGUAGUCAAGUCCUUUACUGAUUUUUUAAAUUAGAUUUUGGGGGUUUUGCCCUCAAGUAGUAGCCACAGGUGUGAGGGUACAGCUAGGAAGUGUGGCAGCACUAGUUCUAAAUGGGCACAGUGGUUUGGACCUGGGGCAGCUCCUUCAGUUGAGGUCAUCGGUUGCAGGUGAUGCCUGCAAGGUCAUCACUAAUGAAAGCAGCAGGCAUUUCACCAUCCCCCACCUUAUUGGUGGCAGAACUGCUGCAGCCCUCAGUAGGGAAAGGUUCUGGGGUCCUGCUACUAUUCUUUCCUUCCACAGAGAGAGGCCGUUGCUCCGGGGAUCCCUCUUGUGCACUAGCUGGUUUCUGCUUGGGGAUGGGACAGUGCAUAUAAAAUAAUUCUAAUACUUUUCAUGUAGCCAUCCUUGGGUUUUGUGCCUUAAUGGGUUGUGGCAGCUUCUGCAUUUUACCCUGAGCUCUCCCAGAGCUGUUUGUGGCUCAUUGUUAAUUGUUGUGGUUGGAGGUGGUGAAGGCUGGGACCUUCUUGUUCAAGAUCUUGUUGAUAUUACUUCCUCACUUAACUUUUUAAUUAACUUUUCUGAUUAUUACAAAGUAAUUGAG